AUGUCCACACAGGACGUAAUGCUGCUUCUAAAACACAAGAUUAUUGACAAGGCCUCCAGAGACACCAGAGCCGUCCUGGCACUGGACCUAGAAAAGGCCUUCGACAAGGUACUGCACUCUCACAUACUCGAGUCGAUUAAAGAAGCAGGUCUAGGAGAAAAAUUCUACAAGUACGUCAGCUCCUUCCUAAAGGAUAGAAAAGCCACUAUUCGCCUAGGAGCUCUGGGCUCGAGAACAUUCGAUCUCGGGCCCAGAGGCACCCCGCAAGAGGCAGUCCUCUCCCCGUUUCUAUUUAACUUAUCCAUGAGAGCUCUUUCCCAAAAGCUGGCCGAGAUUGAGGCUGUCGGUCACGCCUUCUACGCCGACGACAUCACAGUCUGGUGCGAGGGAGGUAGCGGCGGGUACAUCGAAGAGAAAUUGCAAACAGCGAUCACAGUCGUUGAGGAGUUUCUCGCGAAGGCAAGACUCUGCCUGUCGGCUAAGAAAUCGGAACUGCUACUAUGCCGACCCACAAUCGGUGCAAAGAAAGGGACACCUCCCGAUAUCUCUAUCACCACCGAGACCAGAUCCGUCAUUCCGGUAGUACACAGAAUCAGAAUCCUGGGCAUGUUCCUGGAGGAGGACGGCAGUAAUGACUACACCUUAGAGCGCAUCGCAACCAAAGCCGGUUCCAUGACAAAGUUAAUCACGAGGGUGGCCAACAAAAAAGGGCGGCUAUCGGAGGAUAAUCUUAGGCCACUCUUCCACGCCUUCCUAAUUAGCCACAUUAACUAUAUAGCCCUGGCCCACAAAUGGAGCAGAAGGGACGCGGACAGAGUAGAAACAAUCACUCGCAAGAACAUAAAAAAAGGCACUGGGUCUCCCACAGAGCACCAGUACGAAAAGGCUGUUGGAGCUAGGUGUCCACAACACCUUUGA